AGGCGGGGAUCCCCCCCCCCACUUUCCCCGCUUCUCUCCCUCCUCCUCCUUCAGGUGACAUCACAGGGGACUCUGCCCGGAGACCGAUGACGCUGGAGCAGCGAGGAUUCCCAUUGGUUCUGCCGCUCCUGCCCUAACCCUAAAAAGCCAAAUUCCCUCCUAAUUUCCUAAGGAUUUUUUGGUAGUAAAAAUCUAGAGUAGUUCGGAGAACCAGUAAGAAAAUUGGCUAGCCACGCCCCUGAACCGGUUCCGGGACUCCCGGGCCGGCUGCUCGCUGCUCGCUUAUCCCACCUGCCCAGUCGCCGCUUGCUUACCCGACCCACCUGCCUGCCCUACUCACCACUCAUUCGCCCAUUCAAACCUCGACCCGCCCAUCCAAAUACUAUAUAAGCAGCUCUUCGCCACGCGGCCCACUACUCGCCUCCUGACUUAGACCUGUGAGUUCUGCAAGUGCCCCAACAAACCUGCUUCAUCCUGCCUAUAGGUAAGCUACCCCACCAUAGCCACCAAGGUUCGGCUAGUGCUUUCCCGCGCCCCUCCCCACGCUUCUUAUACAGGGUAUAGCAUUUAACAAUCAUAAACUAAAAUAUGCUAACAUUUUAUUGACUCCAAAUUCUCCCUUGGUCUUUAACUCCGCAUAGUUCGAAAAGAAAAAAACUAUGAACGUGAACUAAAAACUAGAUUGAAUAUUUCAUUCAUAGGCUAUUUGAAGCUUUUUAGUCUGAUACUUGUUUUGAAUAUAGUCGAUCCAUCUUCUCCACUCCAGUACAUAUCUUUCAUUUGAAUGGUCUUUCAAAUACGCUGAAAUUUUUGCCAUCUCUCCAAAGUCCACUACUUUUAACGUCCAUUCCUCAAUAGUAGUUAAAUCUUCCUUCCAGUACUGCGCCACCAACAGUCUAGCUGCUGUUAUUAAAUUUAAAAUCAGCUUAAGUCUCUAUAACCGUACAAUCUGUAACUAUGCCCAGCAAAAAGAACUGUGGGGUAAAUUUUAUCUUUUUCUUUAAAAUAUUUUGAAUAAUCCACCAUAUUUUUAUCCAAAAAGCCUUAAUUUUUUUACAUGUGCACCAUAUAUGAUAAUACAUAGCAUCUUCACAUUCAGAUCUCCAACACUUAGGUUGUAAACUUGGAUACAUACAGGCUAGCUUUUUAAGAUCUAAAUGCCAUCUAUAAAACAUUUUAUAAAAAUUCUCCCUUAAGUUUUGGGCUUGCGUAAAUUUUAUAUUUCUAACCCAUAUUUUUUCCCAUGUUUCCAUCAUUAUUGGUUCCCCAAUAUUUUGUGCCCAUUUUAUCAUACAAUCCUUAACUAGCUCUGUUUCCUCCCCACGCUUCUUCAGGCCAUCCCAAGCCCCGGCCUGCCGUAGCUUCUGGGGCUCGGCUUGGGCCUUCCCGCCCCUCCCAGGUGGUUUAACGUUUUCCACCCUCCAGCCGCCUUACCUGCCUGCCUUGUCCGACUUCCAUCCAUUUCCCAGCCAGUCUUCAGUAGCUGAAGCCCAACUGGCUUGCAAGUUGCAGCAGACCUACCUCGCUGGAAGUGGAAAGCAUCCAUCUGCUGCAAUCCAUUUCAUCAGUGAGCAGCUGAGCCUGCCUGUCUGCCUACCUUCUGCCUGUCUUGUAACAUCAAUUGGAUUUUUAACAUGAGUAAGAAAAGAGGAUGCAAAUUCAACGAUGAUCUAAGAAGUGAAUUUCCUUUUAUUAAAAAAACGAAAAGCGAUUACAUGGUAAAAUGUGAGAAAUGUAAUGGUGAAUUUUCUAUUUCGCACGGCGGGAAGAAUGAUAUUUCAAAGCACUUGGAGACACAGAAACAUAAAAGAUAUUUAAAUACUGCUGCAUCUUCCUCCAAAAUACAGGAAUAUUUUCAGAAAACAACUUAUGGAGGCCAAAAAAAGAAAUUAGCAUUAGCAGAAGGCCUUAUGUCUUUUCAUGCUAUUAAUCACAAUCAUUCCUUCAGAUCUAUGGACUGUACAUCACAAGUUGUCAGAAAGUUAUUCAACAAAAAAUUUGCCUGUGCUAGAACAAAAUCCGAGGCAAUUGUGUGUAAUGUGCUUUCCCCAUAUGCAUUUUCAGAAUUAAACAAAAAUCUAGAAAAAAUUAAUUUUAUAUCCAUAUAUUCUGACGCAUCUAAUCAUAAGGAUAUAAAGUUAUUUCCAACCAUUAUUAGAUUUUUUGAUUCGGAAACUGGAAUAAAAAUUAGAAUUUUAGAUGUCGUUUCUUUGCCCGGCGAAACUUCUGAAAUAAUUUUCAGUUCCAUUAUUAAUAGUUUGGAAAAAAACAAUUUAAAACAUAAAAUGAUUGCAUAUUGUGUAGACAACACGAACACAAAUUUUAGAGGAAAAGCAAGAAGAGGCACAAAUAAUAUUUUUUAUAAAUUAAACAAAAACCUUAAUCAAAACAUUAUUGGUGUUGGUUGUGCAGCGCACAUAAUACAUAACGCCCUUCAAACAGCUGCUGACUUGUUGCCCGUAGAUGUGGAAAAUAUUGUUAUUAAAAUAUAUUCUUAUUUCUAUAUAUACACUGAGCAUGUUGAAAUGCUUAAAGAAUUUUGUGAAACUGCGGAAGUCGAAUAUCACAAAAUACUUGAAUACAGUAAAAUGCGCUGGUUAGCUCUUUUGCCAGCUGUCGAAAGAAUUUUGAAAAUAUACGAUCCUUUGAAAUCCUACUUUCUAUCACAGGAUAAAUGUCCUAGAAUUUUAGAAGAGUUUUUUGAAAAAGAAUCUUCAAAAAUUUGGCUAGAGUUUGUACACAAUCAAGCAGCUCUUUUUCAAAACGCUAUAAAACUUAUUGAAGGUGACAAAAUUUCGGUAAUCGAAGUAGCAAAUGAAGUUAAUAAUUUAAAAUUUCAGUGUCAAGAGCGGUUAGAAAAUAAUUUUCUUCCGUUAACUAUCCGUAAUAGUAUAAGCCAGCUAGAAGAACAAGGUGCAAUAAAUUGUGCAGAUAUCAUGAAUCACGUCAAAAAGUUCUAUAGUAACUGCAUAGAUUAUUUAGAAGAGUGGACGGUACAUUACAAUGAUAUUGAACAUUUUCAUUGGGUUACAUUAAAACAAGAACUUAAUUGGAAUGAUGUGCAAAAAUCAUUCGAUCAUAUUACUCAAAAUUUCACAUAUAGUAAUAUUUCCGAAAAUGAUCUUUUUAAUGAGGUAUCAUUAUUAAAAAAAUAUAUUGAUAAGGAAAAGGUUAAAUCUUGGGCAUCAGCAAAAAUCACAAUAGAGAACAAAUGGUUAGAAAUAUUUCAUCAUUUUGAAACAAACCAUGUUCCAUACAAUAAUGCACUAAAAAUUGUGGAAUACGCGCUGUCCUUACCAGGAACUAAUGCUGCGACUGAACGCGUUUUUUCUACGGUAAAUAAAGUGUGGACAUCAGAAAAAUCACAAUUAAGUGUUGAGACUUUGAAAGCCAUUUUAUGUGUGAAAUACAAUUUAACAAAUUCUUGUGAAGAAUUUCAUGACCUUUUAAACAAUGACAGCAAUCUACUAAAAAAAAUUCACUCAAAUGAGAAAUAUGCCAAAGAAUAAAAUAAUACUAUACAUAUUUUUUUUAUUUAUUAUAUUUGUAAAUU